AUGAUCCUCAUGUUUUUUCCUCUCAGGGUGGAGCCCACCCUGUGGCUGCUGCUGUGGCAGCGCCGUCGCUCCUGGCGCCGCUCCAGCCUGAAGGGGACAAAGCGCCGAAAAUCCCUCCCCCCUGUCCACCAAGAUGCCACUGAAUUAAGCAAAUCGAUUAGUCUGGAUCUGCCAGAGACAGACAGGUUGGCUCUUCUGCUCCUCUCCAGUUUCCAGUUUUCAGCACAGAAGCUGGAACACUCCCUACAGCAGAACCAGGGCUUCAACCUUGAGGAAUUCCAGGCUAAAGCUCACUCGGUGUCGGAGGAGCUGAAGCUCCACCUGCAGAAGCUGAAGAGGGAUGGGACCCUCCAACGCUGCAUCCAGGACCCCCAGGGGGUCUCCCUGGAUUCUUCUUUGGAUGAGUCAGUGGCCCAAAUUAAGGAGCACAUGACCAGGUUCUCUGCUGAGUGUCGCUCCUGGGAUCAGCUCCUUCAGAACUACCAGGAAAGUGCUGAAGAAAUGUCCAGGCAGCUGGAAGGAAUCCAGCGGGAUCCCAGCCUAGUGGAGCCCCUCAGUUACCUCCAAACCUCCCAGGCCUCUGUUCUCAGCAGCAAACCCAACUACCAGCAGAUCCUGGAUUCCCAGGGGGAGGUCCUGACUUCCAUGGAGCUGGUGCUGAACGAGCUCCAGCAAGCAGUGCAGGUGCUGCAGACCUUCAGCGAGGACAGCCGGCAGUACCUCCGGGGCCUGUCGGAGCAGCUCGCCACCAGGACCUUCCAGCAGCUGGAGAGUUCCCUUCUUCCCGGUUCCUCUCAUCCUCUCUUCCCGGUUCCCAGCCUUUCUCCCAGGACCCCCGGUUCCCGCCCUUCUUCCCGGUCCCCCUCGUCUCCUCCUCCCGGCACCGGCAACUCCCGGAAGAAACGCCUCUACGUGCAGCUGCUCCCGCGGGACGCGGCGGACACGGCGCUGCUGGAUCUCAAACUGAGCUCCAAGAGCAAAGCCCUUCCCCACUACAUGAAAAUAGGGGAAAUGGGACAUUUUGCCAUUUGGUGUAAGAAAGGGCCAGUUCCAAAGCCCAGUCCCCAACCUGUUCCCAAGCCCAGGACACUCAGCACUGGCCUGAAGGAGCUUUCCCUCCAUCCCCCCGAAUCCAGGACUUCUCCAGGAUGGAGCCAAAGCAGGUCCCCGGGGGCUCGAGGCAGCAUCAAACGGGCUCCUCAGGAUGAGUCUCUCUAUGACACCUACAGCAUCUACAACCUGUCAGCCAUGGAUGGAGUCCCCUUCACCCUCCAUCCCAAAUUUGAGAGCAGACUCAGCUCCACACCUCUCCUUGCUGACCUGACUGUCAAAUCUCUCGCUGACAUCGAGAAGGAGUACAACUAUGGUUUUGUGGUGGAAAGGACGGCGGCCGCGCGACUCCCCCCCAGCGUUUGUUAA